CUUCUUCAGUCUAGUUUUAUUUUGUGGCCGGGUUAGACUGGAAGUGAUAAAAAGACAGUGUUGUGCUAACUAGUGCAUAAAAAUGGCGGAAACAGAAGCAAAGAAAGAUGAUAAUCAAUCGGAUGCAGGUAAUCCAGAACCUGUUCAACCGAAAUUGAAAUAUCCAAGAUCAAUUCCAUUUAUCAUUUCAAAUGAGUUCUGUGAACGAUUCAACUUUUAUGGUAUGAAAACCAUUUUGGUCCUCUUUUUGACCAGAAAGUUGAUGUAUGAUGAUGAUACAUCGACUAUGAUCUAUCACGUUUUCAACAUGUUGGUUUACUUCACUUGCAUAUUCGGCGCUAUUAUUGCUGAUAGUUGGUGGGGUAAAUUCAACACAAUUGUCUGGCUUUCAAUUGUCUAUGUUGGUGGAAGUAUUACAAUGGCUUUCAGUGCUAUUGAUCCUUGGUUGGAACUAGAUGCAGCGAGAGGACUGACAAUUCUUGGAUUAUCUCUGAUAGCCAUUGGCAGUGGUGGUAUUAAGCCUUGCGUUGCUGCUUUCGGAGGAGAACAGUUUAAAAUGCCUGAACAAGCUAAACAAAUUGCAACUUUCUUCUCAUUGUUUUACUUCUCAAUUAAUGCCGGUUCAUUGCUGUCAACAUCCAUCACCCCAAUUUUGAGAGAAGAUGUUCAAUGCUUUGGAAUGGAUGAUUGCUUCCCAUUGGCUUUCGGUGUACCAGCAAUUCUUAUGAUUGCUGCUGUUCUGUUCUUUAUUGCUGGAAAGUUUUUGUACACAAUUUUGCCAAAUCAAGGAAAUAUGUUGGUGAAAGUAUCCAAGUGUAUCUCAAAUGCACUUAAAGUAAGAAAGGCAGAAAAAGCUACAAAUCCAAGAGAACACUGGCUUGAUUAUGGUGAAGCAAUGUAUGGCCGCAAACUUGUUCUUGAAACAAAGAUUCUACUCAAUGUCCUUGUCCUCUAUCUCCCACUUCCAUUUUUCUGGGCACUUUUUGAUCAACAAGGAUCACGAUGGACCUUCCAAGCUACACGUAUGGAUGGUGAUUUAGGAUUUUACGUACUUAAACCUGAUCAAAUGCAGGUCAUCAAUCCAUUACUCAUUCUCGUCUUCAUUCCACUUUAUGAAGUAGCUUUCUAUCCAUUACUUAAUCUCAUCGGAAUCCGUCGACCACUUCAGAAAUUGACUCUUGGUGGAAUUUUUGCGGGAAUAGCAUUUAUCAUGUCAGCUAUUGUUGAGAUCAAUCUUGAAAAAACUUAUGCUGUUUUGCCACAAUGGGGAAGUUCACAGUUGCGACUUUAUAACGGAAGAAAUUGUGAUUAUACUUUAACUACAAAUAUUCCUGGACAUGCCACAAUUAAUUUAAAGUCAAUGGAAUUAUUCGAAGAUUUAUAUGUUCCCGUCAGUAAUGGACUUCAAAGCUACACUUAUUCAUUGACAUCAAGCAAUUGUCCUGAUGAUGCAUUGUCAGGAAUAUUCCCAUUACAUGAGCGAACAGCCACAAGUUUAUUCUUUACUGGUAUAAACUCUUUGGAAGUAGAAAUGUUUGAAGAUAAUCCAGAAAAAUCAAGACGUGGCUGGCCAUUCAUUAUUGUUUUAGCUAAUUUACGAUCAGGAACAUCGAGAGUUAGACUUGUUGAAAACGGAAACGAAAGAUACAAUGAGUUAGGCAACUUUACAGAUCAAGUUGAUGUUCCUGCUGGAUGGUACAAUGUCUUUGUAGAUGAUAUAGAACUUGAGUCAAAUAAGGAACUUAGACUUGGUGGUGUUUACACAGUUAUUGUUUCACAAGCAGCAACAACACCACAAUCAAAACUUUUUAUAAUUACUCAGCCAAAUUCAAUGAGUAUGCUGUGGCUAAUCCCUCAAUUCGUAGUAAUGACGCUAGGAGAAGUUAUGUUUUCAGUCACUGGCUUAGAAUUUUCAUUCACUCAAGCUCCAGUUAGUAUGAAGAGUGUCAUUCAAGGUUGUUGGCUAUUAACAGUUGCUUUUGGAAACCUGAUUGUCGUUAUUAUCACAGGUGCCAAAUUCUUUGAAUCACAAACCUACGAGUUCUUCUUAUUCGCUGGUUUGAUGUUCUUGGACAUGAUUGUCUUCUCAUGGCUUGCUAUUCGAUUCAAAGAGAUUCCAUUAGACCUUUUGGAGAACAUUGAUGAUGAUGGAAAUGUAGCAGAAAAACAAUCAGCCUUAGAAUUUAAGCAAGAAGAGAAAGAUCAGUAGAUGUUAUAGUUUGCAAAUUUAUAAAAUUCUAAUUUUGAUGAAAUAAAAUUAUCUGAUUUUUUAUGUAAAACCUU